UGCCGGCCCCGGGGCUGCGGAGCCGGCCGGGAGGCUCCUGCGAUGGCAACGGAAGAGGAGGAGGCGGCGAGAGCAGCAACACUUAGAUUCGUAUCUGACUGAGUGAAUGGAGGACUGUAGCCAGCCAAGCUGACGCGGCAAAAAGACUGUCUCAGCAAGUUACUUCAUUCCUUUGAGCCUCUUUCCUCCUAUGCUAAACCAUCGCCGUAGGGCUGUUGUGAGGAUUGUACGAAAUAAGGUAAAGUGUUGAUCGAAGGGAACCAGUGCAUUGCUUCCAUGGUUUCCAGUCAUCUGAGCCCAUGGACAAAACCAGCAACUAUUGGAUCCUUCAGCCCACAUGUGACAGAGUUUCCAAGAAAACGAAAAGGGAGUGAUUCAGACCCAUCCCAGUCAGGAAUCAUGAAAGAAAAAGUGGUGGAAAAACUUUCUCAGAAUCCCUUUUCCUAUCUCCUUUCAACAAGGGUAGAAAUAUCAGCAUCCAGUGGCAGCAGAAUGGAAGAUGGUGAACAACAAGUAAAAAUGAAGUCCUUCAAAGAAGCUCAUAGCCAAACUGAAAAGCGGAGGAGAGAUAAAAUGAACAACCUGAUUGAAAAACUGUCCGCGAUGAUUCCUCAGUGCAAUCCCAUGGCACGGAAACUGGACAAACUGACAGUUUUAAGAAUGGCUGUUGAACACUUGAGAUCUUUAAAAGGUAUGACAAGUUCUUAUGCAGGAAAUAACUACAGACCUUCAUUCAUUCAGGAUAAUGAGCUCAGACACUUAAUUCUUAAGACUGCAGAAGGCUUCCUAUUUGUGGUUGGAUGUGAAAGAGGAAAAAUUCUCUUCAUUUCUAAAUCAGUCUCCAAAAUACUUAAUUAUGAUCAGGCUAGUUUGACUGGACAAAGCUUAUUUGACUUCUUACAUCCAAAAGAUGUUGCCGAAGUAAAGGAACAACUUUCUUCCUCUGAUAUUUCACCAAGAGAGAAGCUAAUAGAUGCCGAAACUGGUUUGCAAGCUCGCAAUAAUUUCCACACCGGAAGGAGUUGUGUGUAUUCUGGCUCGAGACGAUCCUUUUUCUGUCGAAUCAAGAGUUGUAAAAUCUCUGUUAAAGAAGAACACGAAUGCUUACUCAACUCAAAGAAGAAAGAUCAUAGAAAAUUCUGUACUAUCCACUGCACUGGUUACUUGAGAAACUGGCCUCCAAAUAUUGUUGGAAUGGAAGAAGAAACGGACAAUAAGAAAGACAGUAGUAAUUUUACCUGCCUUGUUGCCAUUGGAAGAUUGCAUCCGUAUAUUGUCCCACAGAACAGUGGAGAGAUUAAAGUGAAACCAACUGAAUUUAUUACCCGUUUUGCAGUGAAUGGACAAUUUGUCUAUGUUGAUCAAAGGGCAACAGCAAUUUUAGGAUAUCUGCCUCAGGAACUUUUGGGAACUUCUUGUUAUGAAUAUUUUCAUCAAGAUGACCACAGUAAUUUGACUGACAAGCACAAAGCAGUUCUGCAGAGUAAAGAGAAAAUAUUUACAGAUUCAUACAAAUUCAGAGCAAAAGAUGGCUCUUUCGUAACUUUAAAAAGCCAGUGGUUUAGUUUCACAAAUCCUUGGACCAAAGAACUGGAAUAUAUUGUGUCUGUCAACACUUUAGUUUUGGGACCUAGUGAUACUGGAGAAACAUCAUUGCUUCCUUGCAGCUCUCAAUCAUCAGAAGGAUCCUCUAGACAGUCUUGCAUUAGUGUGCCUGGAAUGUCUGUGGGAACAGUACUUGGUGCCGGUAGUAUCGGAACAGAUAUUGCAAGUGAACUUCUGGACUUACAAAGGUUACAGUCUUCUUCAUCCCUUGAUGAUUCAAGUCCAACAGAUUUAUUGAAAGAUACUCACACUAUAAACUGCAGGAAUAUGUCAAAUAAGGAGCUGACUACACUAAGUCCUUCUGAAAUCGGGGAGCUACAGGCUCCAAAGCAAAACCAAAGUGCUGUUGCUCCUCAUAGGCACGAACCACUCCUUGGAGAAGGUGCCCAGCUGGAUUUUGAUGCCCUCUGUGACAAUGACGACACAGCCAUGGCUGCCUUCAUGAAUUACUUAGAAGCAGAGGGGGGACUGGGAGACCCUGGGGGCUUCAGUGACAUCCACUGGGCACUCUAGCAUUUGAUUUUUAACUCAACAUGAGAAACGUUUUGAAGCAUUUUGCUUACGAAAGACUAUAUAUUCUUCUGUACUGUACUGAUACUGUUUUUACCUUUUAUUCCUAUUAAUGGUUGACCAGUUUUUAUAGAUUUGCUCCUGACUUUCACAGGGGUACAGGGAAAUGUGAUGUUUCCCUUCAAAUUCUCAAAUUUUUCUAUAGACCGCUUUACUCACUGACAUAGCUUAAAACCCACUAGUUGCUAUAUUUUUGCUAUUUUUGCUAAAGUCUUUCUAACCAAGAAUACCACAUGUAUCUUGUUUGGGUUUUCUUUUUUUGAUGCCGUUGUUUUGAGUUUGGGGGAGUUAAUGUGUUGACCUCUUCCUUGUGUCUGAGAUUCAUUUAUAAUUGAUUUAUAAUAGAAGAUUUGUGUAAUCUGGAACCUUUCCAUUCCUUGUGUAUUUCCCUAAUUGAGGAUAGGGCUUAUCCACUUUAAGAAAACGAUGAGUACUUGAACAUUUAAAGGGACAGUGCAAUUUGUAGUGGUAAUCACAAUGAAUACUGUAUUCAGCCUUUGUAGACUUGGGCAAGCACAGAGCCAUGAUAAUUAUGCUCAGCUGAGCACUUUGAGAUGGAUUUUUAAGUGAGAUGAUUUCUUAUUUAAAACUCAGAAAGAAAAAAAAAGCUGAGAGAGUCUCAGCUUUGCUUACAGAAAAGGAAAGGUCUUGGGCCCUACGGCUUGGUGGUGGUUAACCUUUGCCUAUAAGAUUUAGUCUUAAUAUAAACACUCAAGAUUCUUAUUACAGAUAGAACAGGGUUUUGAUGCUGAAAAGGUUUCUAGCAACCUUUAGGAUUAGUCUUAGAAGAAGAAACAGGCCCAGGCAGAGUCAACGCCUUGUGUAGUGUCACAAUUAAGUUCAUGUGUCUUUUAAUGUUUAAUGUAUAUAAACCAGUUUCUUUGUACACAUUUGAGAAAGCAGUAGUCUCACUGGUUAAAUGAUUAGUUAACUGACCUAGGAACAGUUGUUGGCUUUUUAAAUUAUUAGGCAAUUACAGUUACUAUUGCCUGUAACCAAAGGUAAUUAUAUAAGUGUGUUUUUAAAACCAUGAGGCAACGAGAAAGAAUUUAAAAACCAAUUUUCUAGCUAUAAUUAAAAAUCGAGAGCAUUUUUUAAACCAGUAAUUAAUUCAGAGGUAGCUCAAGUUGAGGGCAAGAAUUAAGGAUAUUUAAAAUACUGUAUGUAGGCACUUCCCUGGCAGUCCAGUGGUUAGGACUCCACGCUUCCACUGCAGGGGACAUGGGUUUGAUCCCUGGUCGGGGAACUAAGAUCCCGCAAGCAGUGCAGCAUGGCC